AUGUACUACGUUGCACAUGUGCUUGUGGCGUUGACCACCUUGAUUAUCGGGAAGUGUGUCUAUAAUGUCCUUUUCCAUCCUUUGAGGGCCAUCCCAGGUCCAACUCUUGCCAAGAUAUCUCGAUGGUGGCUUUUCUUGUUAGAAAUGCGAGGAAAUCCUCACAUGGAGAUUCUUGAUCUACACCGAAAGUAUGGACCAAUAUUGAGGAUCUCGCCGAAUGAAGUCUCCUUCAAUGACUUGGAUGCUUCCGGCAUUAUUUAUGGACCGACAUCCAAGUUCGAAAAAUCUGAAUAUUUCUAUCGUCCCUUUGAAGAACAAGCCCCCAAUCUCUUCACCAUUCGUGAUCGUCAAAAACAUUCUCAAGACAAACGACUCAUCUCUCAUGCUUUCUCCAAGGCGAAUAUCCUUCAGUAUGAGGCAUCAAUACACGAUAAGGCCGUCUACUUGAUGAAUCGAUUCUCAGAGCGUGUAAAAAGCGGCCAGGUGAUCCCACUAUUCCCAUCAUUUCGUUGUCUGACGCUGGAUACAAUCUCUGAGUUCGCCUUUGGAAGGUCUACUGGUGCGCUGCAACUGGAGGGGUUUGAGUCUACCAUACUUGACGCCAUCGAUAAAGCGAACCACUCAGUGCCAUUUUUCCAACAUUUUCCUAUUCUACGAGAGUUGCUCCGGUGGGCAAAUUACUACAACCUCAGUACUGUCCCCAAUGGAUUCCUGGAGCUGAGACGGGCAGCCGACGCGGGGUUCCAACAGAUGCAUGCGACUGACACCUGGACCAUGUUCAAGAAUAUGAUAUCAUCCGCUAAAGAAAAAUCUAUCGAGCUGAAAAAAGAACACUUAAUAUCUGAAGCCAUUUUGAUGUUCGUUGCUGGGACGGAUACUACCGCUACAGCACUAGCAAUCACUCUUCACCAUCUACUGCAACAGCCCGAGGCGUACCAGAGACUCCAGGAUGAGGUGCGGACUGUAAUUCCCACAUUGGAGUCUAGGCCCUCUUUCCAAGACCUUGAUCCAUUACCAUUCCUGGAUGCAUGUAUCAAAGAAGGACUUCGGAUCUCUUGUCCUAGUCGUUUCCGCCUUCCACGGACUGUUUCAGAUGGUGGAUGGAAUUUCAAAGGGCAUUACUUGCCCCCUGGGACCAUCGUAAGCAUUAGCCCGCUGUAUUUCCUUCAAAACGAGAGCAUCUUCCCUUCUCCCAUGACUUAUAACCCCGCCCGAUGGUUGGUCGACAAUGAUCAAAAGCGCGAGAUGCUCUCUUACUUUCAUCCUUUUUCACGCGGAACACGACAGUGUAUCGGACAGAGCCUCUCAAUCAUUGAGCAAAAAAUCAUCUUGUCGAUGUUUGUUAGACGAUUCAACCCCAAGCACAUUUUGAACAAGAACGUCGAGAUACGAGAGGCAAUCAAUGUGACGAUUGAUGAUCCUCUCGACGUCCAACUUGACAUCACAUCAGACUGA